CUGUCUCUCUCUCUGAUACUCUACGCAAUGGUUUCCACGGUGACCCAUCUCAGUAAAAAUGGUGAAAAUGAAGUAACUGCUGUAGACUUUCAUGGAAAUCCGGCAGACAAAUCGAAAACCGGUGGAUGGCUCGCUGCGGGUCUCAUCUUAGGAAGUGAACUCUCAGAGAGAAUAUGUGUAAUGGGCAUUUCCAUGAAUUUGGUAACAUACUUAGUCGGAAAUUUACAUAUUUCCACUUCCAAAUCUGCAAAUAUCGUCACCAAUUUCUUGGGUACUCUCAAUCUUCUUGCCCUUUUCGCCGGUUUCUUGGCCGACGCUAAGCUUGGUCGUUACUUGACGGUUGCAAUCUUUGCUACCAUUACAGCAUUAGGGGUGACUCUGUUAACGUUAGCAACAAGCAUUCCCAGUAUGAGACCUCCACAAUGCAGUAACUACAGAAUCCAACACCAUCAGUGCAUAGAGGCCAAUGGCCAGCAAUUAGCUUUCCUAUAUACUGCACUUUACACCAUAGCACUCGGCGCCGGCGGCAUAAAAUCAAACGUUUCAGGGUUCGGAUCCGAUCAAUUCGAUUUGAAGGAUAGUAAGGAAACGAAAGCUAUGAGUUUCUUCUUCAAUCGCUUCUACUUCUGUAUCAGCUUGGGUUCUCUGUUUGCUGUAACAGUUCUAGUGUACAUACAAGAUAAUGUGGGGAGAGGUUGGGGUUAUGGGAUAUCGGCGGCAACAAUGGUAAUCGCCGUCGUUAUAUUGCUCGGUGGAACUCCGGUUUACAGGUUUAAGAAGGCUCAAGGAAGCCCAUUAGCUGUGAUAUGGGGAGUGUUGUUCUUGGCUUGGAAGAAGAGAAGAUUAAAUUACCCUGCAAAUCCUAGUUUCAGCUUGAAUGGGUAUCUCAAUGCAGAGGUUUCUCACACCCAAGGCUUCAGGUGUCUUGACAAGGCAGCAAUUGCAGAAGACACAGAUUUAAAUGGAAAUGCAAACCCUUGGAUGGUCUCCACCGUGACCCAAGUUGAGGAAGUAAAGAUGGUUCUGAAGUUAAUCCCAAUUUGGUCCACCUGCAUUCUCUUCUGGACAGUUUACUCUCAGAUGACUACUUUCACAGUGGAGCAAGCUACAUUCAUGGAUCGAAAAUUGGGAUCCUUCGUCGUUCCCUCUGGCUCUUUCUCCUUCUUCCUCUUCAUCACUAUCCUUCUCUUCACUUCCUUGAAUGAGAAGUUGUUUGUUACUCUCGCUAGGAAAUUGACCCACAAUGUUCAAGGCAUCACUAGUCUACAGAGGAUUGGUAUAGGACUCAUCUUCUCAGUAGCUGCAAUGGUGGCAGCUGCAAUUGUUGAGAAACAAAGGAGGGAAAUUGCUGUCCAUCAACAGACCAUGGUGAGUGCUUUCUGGUUAGUUCCUCAGUUUUUCCUUGUUGGGGCAGGUGAAGCUUUUGCUUAUGUCGGACAACUCGAGUUUUUCAUCAGAGAGGCCCCAGAAAGAAUGAAGUCCAUGAGCACAGGACUCUUCCUUGCCACCAUUUCAAUGGGAUUCUUUGUUAGUAGCUUGUUAGUGUCCUUGGUAAGCAAGGUGACUAAAGAAACUUGGAUUAUGAACAAUCUGAACAAGGGGAGGUUAGAAAACUUCUAUUGGACACUUGCAGUAUUGGGAGUUUUAAAUUUCUUGGUUUUUCUUGUGUUUGCCAUGAGACACCAAUAUAAGACUCAACAUUUGCAUAACUCUAAUGGUGAGGAGGAGCUCAAAGGUUUUGAAGAUACAGAGAAGAUAGAGAGUCUUGAAAUGAAGGACUGAGCCUAGUUUAUACACAUGCAGAACAAUAAAGGGAAGCAAGUGUUCAUUUAGCCUGCUUAUACAAGACUGAAGUAGCUACAGCUUCAAAUUCAUUCUUCUCCUUUUUGUCUAUUGAAGACAAGUUUGUCGGAACAUACCGAAAAAGCUGUGUUACCAUAAGAGCAGAGACAGAAUGUUGUCACCUGAGAAGAUAAUUAAAUGAUUUGAGAUUAAGACU